AUGGCAACCUCAGCGGUAAGUGACGACAUCAAGGCCUCUCCGUCCCUCGAACUCGCCAACAUCACCAGCCAUACCGACGAUAGAGGUCAGAGUGAUGGGUAUGAUGAUGCGUAUUUACACGCUUCGACAUCUGCAAAAGUUUACAGGGGUGUCCUGUGCCAGAUGAUCCUGCUCGGAGCCCUCUCGUUCGUUGGCCCAGCUAUGUCCGACGCAAUAUCCAACCUCGGAGGUGGCGGUCUCACCAGCCCGUAUCUGGGAAACUUGGCUAACUCACUCGACUACGCGGCCUCGUGUUUGAUAGCUCUCUUGGGGGGCCCGUUGAUAAACAAGUUUGGUAUCAAGUGGUCCUGCAUGAUUGCUGCUGUGACGAUGCCUCUUGCAGGGUCUUCUUACUACGUCAGUGCAAAGUACGGUGUAGAUUGGUACCUCCUCUUCUCAAAGCUGCUCGGAGGAUUCACUUCGGCCUUUCUCUACGUCGCCGAGACGACGGCAAUGCUGUCAUAUCCGAAGCAAGAUGACAGGGGUUUCUACUUGGGUAUAUGGUCUGCCAUGCGAAGCUCGGGCAGCGUCAUGGGUGGUGCAAUUAACUUCUCCACGAACUACUCCAAAUCCAAUCAAGGAGGCAUUGCGUGGUCUACAUACCUUAUUUUUGUGGGCUUUGAAUGUACCGGUGUGAUCUGGGCUUUCCUUCUGUCGCCAACUCAACGUGUUCGACGUCACGAUGGUUCCAAAAUCGCCAUGUCCAGUAGAAUCAGCUGGAAGCAGGAAUUCGCUGCCCUAUUCAAGCAUCUACAGCGCAAAAAGACAUGGCUCAUUUUCUUACCAGCUUUCUACUCAUUCUUCUACGGCGGAACCAUGGGCACAUACCUCUCACUUCACUUUUCAGUGCGAACACGCGCCUUAUCGUCUUUGAUUACCCCAUCGGUGACCAUUCCGAUAGUCAUCGCCUAUGGGAAGCUGUUGGACUUCUCGCGCUGGUCCCAACCUAAGCGAGCAUGGAUUGCUUUCGCCCUCUGGGCCAUUCCUCAGGCCGCCUGCUUUAUCUGGAUCGGCAUAGAAUAUAGCCGGUUUGGGGCCGCAACACUGGGACUGGAUUAUGAACAUGGACGAUGGGCUGAGGCCUACGUUCCGUAUCUGAUCAUCUUCGUAACUGGCUACUGGACCCAACUUUGUUUAUACUGGAUCCUUGGCACUUUCUCUACUGACAUCGGAUCUUCCUCCCGAACAGGUGGCUUGUUUCGUGCAUUCGAAACGGCCGGCCAGGCUGUAUCGUACGCCAUUAACUCAACCUUUGGAGCCGACCCUAUAAUACCCUUCUAUGUCAACUUUGCCAUCUUGAUCAUUACUGUUCCUUGUAUGAUACUCUUGAUCAGAAUGGUGCCAGAGACUCCAUAUAGCACAGAUGCCGACGCAGAAAAUGCCGUGGUGAUUGAUGGUAUACCAGCCAAGGACCAGAAGUAA